CGUCAACCGCUGCCCCGCUCCCCCUCCGCGCUCCUCCGCUCCCUCCGCUACCCUCCGCUCCCUCCCGCCCUUGUCAGCAGCUCGCCUAAGCUCUCCCAUUCAUUUGACCUGACACGCUACUCCCACGCCGAGAGCCUUGCCUCCGCCCGAACCUGACUUGACACUUCCUAUUGCCUCAACUCAUCGUUGACCAACCAUCCUCUCUUGUUUCCACUCUCCUCUCCUCUCCACUCUCCACACAUCACCACCAUGUCCGACUCCCACGCCGCCCCCGACUUUGAGGCUCCCCCCACCGACCUCAUCACCCUCACCCGCCACAUCCUGGCCCAGCAGCAGAAGCUCGGCGCUCAGGCGUCGGGUGACCUCACCAUGCUGCUCGUUGGUAUUCAGGUGACGUCCAAGUACAUUGCCUCCAAUGUGCGCAAGGCCCGCCUGAUCAACCUCGUCGGCCUUGCCGGCGCCUCCAACGUCCAGGGCGAGGACCAGAAGAAGCUCGACGUCCUCUCCAACGACAUCAUGGUCAAUGCUCUCCGCGCUUCGGGCAAGGUCUCGGUCAUGGUCUCGGAGGAGAUUGACGACCCCAUUCUCGUCAAGGGCUCCAAGGGCACCUACGCUAUCGUGUUCGACCCUCUCGACGGCUCGUCCAACAUCGACGCCGGUGUCAACGUCGGCACCAUCUUCGGUGUGUACCGCGUUGCCGACCACAAGGAGGGCUCGGUCGAGGACGUGCUCCGCCCCGGCAAGGAGAUGGUUGCUGCCGGCUACACCAUGUACGGCUCGUCGUGCAACCUCGUCCUCACCACUGGCCAGGGCGUCGACGGCUUCACCCUCGACGAGUCGCUUGGCGAGUUCAUCCUGACCCACCCCGACAUCCGCAUCCCCGAGCGCGGCAAGAUCUACUCGUUCAACGAGGGCAACUCGCUGCACUUCCACCCCCCGACCCUCGAGUACCUCCAGAGCAUCAAGUACCCGGCCAACAACAAGCCCUACUCGGCUCGUUACAUCGGCUCGAUGGUCGCCGACGUCCACCGCACCCUCCUGUACGGAGGCAUCUUCGGCUACCCCGACGACAAGAAGAGCAAGGACGGCAAGCUGCGCAUGCUGUACGAGGCCUUCCCCAUGGCCUUCCUCACUGAGCAGGCUGGCGGUCUCGCUACCACCGGUACCCAGCGCAUCCUUGACGUCGUGCCCAAGAACAUCCACGGCCGCUGCCCUGUAUUCCUUGGUUCGAAGAACGACGUCGAGGACCUCCAGAAGUUCUACGCCAAGUGGGAGUCGCCCGACAAGAAGUGGUAAAAUAUCAUGUUGUAGU